UUUGUUUUUGUUUUUAUUUUGUUUGUUUGUUUGUUUGUUUUUGGAAAGCCUAUCUUUGCCUGCAUGACUUGGUCAAAUUCAUUUACUAGAUCACCAUAUUCCCAUAUUCCUCGACAGGCUGUUAUAUUUCUGGUUUUGUUCACCAUUAUCUUCCCACUACUGGAACAAUUCCUGACACAUAGGUGUUACUCUCAAAAUAUCUCUUGAUGAAUUAAUGUAUGGAGAGGAUAAUAUCAGUUGAAGAAUCCCAAAUGGUAUGGGAUUUGAGCUGGGCACUCUCUGUAAUUAUUGAAGAAUAAGGUAGAGGGAGAUGAAUAGGGAUAUUGCAAAGAACAAAAUGUAAUAGCACUUUCUUUAAUAAUUAGGAAGGAAGUCGAAGAGGAGUUGAAGAUAUUUCAUAGGUUGAUCUAGAGAAUGGUAAAGCCAAUGAUAAAGCAGUUUCAGCUAAAUAAAAUGAUAAGCUCAAUUUAUCCAUCAAUGGCACUUGAGGUAAGAAACUUACCAGUUUGGAAAGGGCUUGAAGACAUGUUAAAACGUAGGAUAGAAUAUGGUGUGAGAUGUCAUCUAGGCAUCCUGGUCUCGAUGCACUUUGUUGCUGACAAGCAAAUAAACUUCUCUGUGUUCACUAUCUUGGUUACCAGCACAGAGUAAGAAAUCAUGGGCCAUUUGAGUGUGCUCUCUUCUAUUUUCUUAUCCCUUUUUAUCAUCAUCUAUUUGUUCUUUUCUGUCCCACUGCCACUUCCUUGGACUUUCACCUGAACUAUUUCAACAACUCUCUUACUACUCCCCUUGCAUCCAGCCUUGCUCUCCUGUAAUACAGUUUGCACUUUCCUCCCAGAGUGACUUUUGUAGGACACCACAAUGUCACUUUCAUGCUGCGUAUCUUUAAAAGGUUACCACUGACUACAAAAUAAAAUCUAGACUCUUCAUCAAGGCUUUCUGAUUUGAUCCUAGAACUCCUGAAGUUCUCUUCCAAUGCGUCUCUCCAAUCAUACCAGACCACUUCUUAUCUCUAAGUGCCUCCUUUCCUUCUUCGUUGUUUCCUUUCCGUCCUAUCGAAAUCUGGCUGGAGAGUAACAAAGUUAUUCUGACUGGUAAGGAAACAACAACAACAAAAGACCAAGGAAACUCUUAGCCUUCUAGUUCAACUCAGAUGUGGCCUCCUGAAUGAAGCUUUCCCCUCUAGGAAAAUAUUUAGAGUCCCAUUGGUUAUCUGCCAGCUCACUGUAACUCUUAGCCAAAAGUUAGCUGAGUCACUGUCUCUCACAUAGGUGAAGUUAAGCUCACUAUUUGGCAUGUCUCCUUGAGCUAGUCUAGCAACAGAGUUUGGCUCUACGUAAUCUGUUGUCACACCUCCCUUCUAGAGGUGUGGAAAUGUUUCCACAGAAUCCUCCCCUUGACCUAAAGAAGACGGCUACGCGGAGUGGGGGAGGGCGUCGUUACGUUUUACGUCAUCACGCGCAGGGAGGGUGGGGCCCUCAAGGGAAUGUAAUGAGGGGCGUGGCCAAGUGGCAUAGGGCGGGGCUACAACGAGCUGGGCGGGGCCGCAGUGGAGUCGGGGCGCUUCUGCUCUUCAGCCGCUGUGCACUGAGUCCAGAGGCAACGCUGGGAGAGUCCCCUCGACGCUCGGUCCCGAAAACGUGAUCAGGACCACCGGCUCAAAGCAGAGGCAGCUGCGUAGUCUAGCGGAAGCUGGUGGUACGGGAGUGCGGCCGAAGUCUGAGCUCUGCAGGCGGGAAGCACCCGGGAUAGGGGAAGCCCCAGGAGCAGCGGAGCUGCGCCUCCCUUACCCGAGGGGCCGCGGCGACGGUCACGGGGCGCGGCGCCACAGCGCGCGACCCAGGCCGGUAUUGCAAACAGUCUGCCCAGGCUCCUCCUCCACCCGGGCCGCCUACCUGCGGACAGCGCUACGCCGCCUCUGCCGGUGUUGAAGGCACCUGCGCCGCCUUGCUCUCCGGUCUCCGCCCCUCGCCCCUCAGCGCCAGGCCCGGGCGGCGCACCUGGACGCGCGGGGCUGCGGGAGCCAGGGUUCGGGGCGCGCGGCGUCCUCGCGUGGACGCAGGUGGAGCGGGCGCGACUUCGUGGAAUCCGGCGCCGGCCGCUGCAGUCGUCCGGGUCGCUCCGGGUCCCGGGAACCUGGCCGUCUGCGCCCGCUCCUGGGGAGGAGCCGCCGCCGGUUGGGCACCAUGAACAGCAGCAGCUCUCACAUCACCUACGCCAGUCGCAAGCGGCGGAAGCCGGUGCAGAAAACUGUCAAGCCAAUCCCACCUGAAGGAAUCAAGUCCAAUCCUUCCAAGCGACAUAGAGACCGACUUAAUACAGAGUUGGACCGUUUGGCUAGCCUGCUGCCUUUUCCACAAGAUGUUAUUAAUAAGCUGGACAAACUUUCAGUUCUCAGGCUCAGUGUCAGUUACCUAAGAGCCAAGAGCUUCUUUGAUGUUGCAUUACAGGCCUCCCCAGCUGACAGAAAUGGAAUUCAGGAAAACUGUAGAACAAAAUUCAGAGAAGGCCUGAGUCUGCAAGAAGGAGAAUUCUUAUUACAGGCUCUGAAUGGCUUCGUGCUGGUUGUCACUACAGAUGCUUUGGUCUUUUAUGCUUCUUCUACUAUACAAGAUUACUUAGGGUUCCAGCAGUCUGAUGUCAUACACCAGAGUGUGUAUGAACUUAUUCACACUGAAGAUCGACCUGAAUUUCAGCGUCAGCUGCACUGGACAUUAAACCCUACGCAGUGUGCAGACUCUGGACAAAGAAUUGAUGAAGCUAAUGGCCUCCCGCAGCCAGCAGUCUGUUAUAACCCAGACCAGCUUCCUCCAGAAAACUCUUCCUUUAUGGAGAGGAGCUUCGUGUGCCGACUAAGGUGUCUCCUGGAUAAUUCAUCUGGUUUCCUGGCAAUGAAUUUCCAGGGGAGGUUAAAGUAUCUUCACGGACAGAACAAGAAAGGCAAAGAUGGGUCAAUCCUUCCACCUCAGUUGGCUUUGUUUGCAAUAGCUACUCCACUGCAGCCACCCUCCAUACUUGAAAUUAGAACCAAAAACUUCAUCUUUAGAACCAAACACAAAUUGGACUUUACACCUACUGGUUGUGAUGCCAAAGGAAAACUUGUUUUAGGCUACACUGAAGCAGAGUUGUGCAUGAGAGGAUCAGGAUAUCAAUUUAUUCAUGCUGCUGAUAUGCUUUAUUGUGCAGAGUACCAUAUCCGGAUGAUUAAGACUGGAGAAAGUGGCAUGAUAGUAUUCAGGCUUCUCACCAAAGACAAUCGAUGGACCUGGGUUCAGUCUAAUGCACGCUUAGUGUAUAAAAAUGGAAGACCAGAUUAUAUCAUUGCAACUCAGAGACCACUGACAGAUGAAGAAGGAACAGACCAUUUACGAAAACGAACUAUGAAGUUGCCUUUUAUGUUUACUUCUGGAGAAGCUGUGUUAUACCAGGUAAACAACCCUUUUCCUCCCAUGAUGGAUCCCUUACCAGUGAGGACUAAAACUACUGCUUGUGGAAGAGAGUCUGCCACCACAUCAACUCUAAAUAAGGAAUCUUUCAAUACCAAUUCCCUCCUGGGUGCCAUGAUGCAACAAGAUGAGUCUAUUUAUCUCUAUCCUGCUUCCAGUAACACAGCUUUUGAAAGAAAUCUUUUUAACGAACCUAUGAAUGAAUGCAGUAAUUGGCAAGACAGUAUGGCACCAGUAGGAAAUAACAGUAUCCUGAAACACGAGCAAAUAGGUCAGUCUCAGGAUAUGAACUCAGCAAUCUCUGGAGGCCAAUCAGGGCCCUUUGCAGACAACAGAAAUAGUGACUUGUACAGCAUUAUGAAACACCUAGGCAUUGAUUUUGAAGAUAUCAAAGACAUGCAACAGAAUGAGGAAUUUUUCAGAACUGACUUUUCUGGUGAGGAUGACUUCAGAGAUCUUGACCUCACAGAUGAAAUCCUGACCUAUGUCCAAGAUUCUUUAAGGAAGCCUGCCUUCCAGUGUCCCGGUUACCAGCAGCAACAGGCCAUGGCUGUGAACUCAAGUUGUAUGGUACAGGAGCACCUGCAGCUAGAACAGCAGCAGCAGCGACUGCAGCACCAGCAAAACCUCGUAGCAUCGGAGCAGCAGCAGCAACAACUGUGUCAGAAAAUGCAGCAUAUGCAAGUUAAUGGCAUGUUUGCCAAUUGGAGCGCUAACCAGUCUGUGCCUUUUGGUUGUCCGCAGCAAGAGCUACAGCAGUAUAGUGUCCUUUCAGACUUACCUGGGACCAGUCAAGAGUGUCCCUACAAAUCUGAGACGGAUGCUAUGCCUUAUACACACAACUUUAUCCCCUGUGAUCAGUCUGUGCUACCACAACAUUCCCAGGGGCCACAGUUAGACUUUCCCUUAGGGACCUUCGAACCAUCCCCGUACCCUACUACUUCUAAUUUAGAAGAUUUCUUCACGUGUUUACAAGCUCCUGAGAACCAAACACACGGACUUACUCCAGAGCCGCCCAUAGUAACUCCUCAGACGUGUUAUGCCGGGGCUGUGUCCAUGUACCAGUGCCAGCCGGAAACUCCGCACGGCCACGAGGCCCAGAUGCAGUACAAUCCAACCAUGCCGGACCCACAUGCAUUUUUAAACAAGUUUCAGAAUGGAGGAGUUUUAAAUGAAACCUAUCCAGCUGAAUUAAAUAAUAUAAAUAGCACUCAGACUCCCACACACCUUCAGCCCCUUCAUCACACGUCAGAAGCCAGACCUUUCCCCGAUUUGACAUCCAGUGGAUUCCUGUAAUGCCAAGCCCAUUUUUCACCAUGGAUUAAAGAAGAUUACAGAAUAAUAGAACUAUCAGUGUUGGACAUCAGCAACUUUACAUGGAGGCAUUGAUGUAUGUUCGCACUAUUAUUCCAAACCAAAUUUUCAUGUUUUUAAGAGUUAAAAAAAAUUACCAAAACUACAUAUACUAUAGUCAUUAAAAAAGAAAGUGUACUGCCAGAGAGAGGGAGAUGCUUUCUUUGUUUCACUUUAUAGUCUGAGUACUAGAGAAUAUACAAAAUUUAUUCAGGGGAACUUUAUGACACUUUUAAAUAAAAAAAUUUCUGUCAGAAAAAAAUGGAAUACUUUUGAGUUUUCAACUUAUCUAUUCUUACUAGUACACCGAAUAACAAACUAUUUCCUUUUAUCUUCUGCUUUUAUCUCAGAUGUUAAAAUAAGUGUUUUGGUGCUUUUAUAAAAAGAUAAUCUCAGUGCUUUCCUCCUUUGUUGUGUAAGUGCCUCACAAUUUUUUAUACCUAUAACACUGUAGGAUGUAUAUUUCAUAGAAAGUAAACUUUUUAAUAACUUUCUGCACACAAAUGUUAUUUGUAUUUCUUAAAUUCAGUCAUUUGUGUUAGUCCAGGCAUGUUUUAACUGCACUACUCACCCACUUUCUUCAGGAAAAGGGCAAGUUAUGGUUGAAAAAAUAUUUAUUACCUAGUUGCUUCUACAUAUUAAAUGUUGCUAUGUGCCUUACGUUGAAAAAUUUUGAAAGUAAAAUGUCUUUCCAAAUUAUUUUUUGAUCAUCAAAUAAAGACUGCAGCGCUAAAAUGUCAACAGUGUUUUCGGGAGAAAGAGAUACACUGCAACUUACCUUUACUGAAAUCUCCACCAUGGUGGUUCAGUGUUGCCGGUGUGCAAAGAUCUGCUUGAAUGGGACCGUGUUUAUCAACUUGCAACGAGGAGGAAGUAGCUUUAUUUCUAGCUCUUUAAUCACCAUUUCACUGUGUAUAAAUUCUUUAAAAACUACUUUAGACCUAGAAUGAACUUUAAGGUAGAAUAUGUUGACUUUAUAACUUUCACUUACUAGUACAGUGGAAACUAUUUGUUUUUUCUCAUAUUUGAGGAGCGUGAAGUUUGAACGUGGCAAUGUUUGAUGCAAAGUAUUGUCAUGAGUGACACGAUUGGUGCAUUUAUAUAGUUUAUAAUGAACAAAAUUAUAUUUAAAGUAUUUUCAAGCUUUCAUUUGGAAAUAGUCUAUACCUUAUAUGUGCACGUAAUUUGAGUCUUACAUAUAUUCUUGCGUCUUUUCAAAAUAUCAAAUAAUGAAUCCAACUGCUUUUACUUUGGUCUUAAGACACCCAAGCCAUUCUCUUAACUUUGAACAUUGUUUCUAGGAUACAAUGGCCUUUAUUACUGGGAAGGCAAAUGAUCCCCCUGCUAACUUUACUGUCCUCGGGUAAUUUUUAAAAAAGACUCAUUUAUUUAAAUGUGACAUCUGAAGGGCAGGCACAUUUUUCAUGUAUUCUAUAAAAAAACAUGACGGAAUCUUAAACCAAGGUAUAGUAUUAAAAUGCACUAUUUUCACUUAUUUUUUUUUUUAGUAAAUUAAUGUUUAUCAAAGUGGCUUCAGAAAAAAUAUGUCAGUUCUAUGAAUUUUCAGUUCAUACUUUGAAUCCAUAGAAUCAAUUUAAGGAAAAAAAACAAUUUGUCUAAAACAUUUCAUAAUUUGUUUCCAGUAUGAGGUAUCACUAAAGAUUUAGACCAGUGGUCUGGCUUAAUAUUCCAUUUUUACAUUUAAGCUUUUCAUUAAAAGCCUUCACAAUAACCAUUUUUGUUAGUGUCUUCCACAUGCCGUUGGGUGAAUUAUUUAGUGGAAAAAUAGGCUUUUUAAAGUGUGAAUAGGAUGACAGUUCUACACUUACAAAAUUAAAAACUUUUAAAGCAAUAUUGUAUAUUUUUAUCUAUAUAAAAUAAAAUGUAUCUAAGAAUAAUAAAAUCACAUUAAACCAAA